UCACAGCGCUGUCAGCAGUCGGAAGCGAAUUGAAGUGAGGCAAUAACAUUAGUUAGCUAGCGUCAGCUGUCGUUUGUUUUACGUUGGAUUUGUUGUUUUAAAAGCUUGUUUAUGAGAAAUAACUGUGUUCUGGUUCGGGAGAUUUGCAGUGAUAUGAGAAGAGCCUGUAAAGAUUUGGAUACAGCAACAACUCCAUUUCCAUCAAGAUCCCUAUCUAUCUGAUCCAGCCCCACACUCACUCACUCACACCCAGCCCCAGAGAUGAGCUUCUUCGGCUUUGGGCAGAGCGCAGACCUCGACAUCGUGCUGAGCGACGGAGAGACGAGGAAAAAGGCGGAACACAAGACCGAGGAUGGCAAGAAAGACCGAUAUUUCCUCUUUUUUGACGGAGAAACCGUCAGCGGGAAGGUUAACGUGACGCUCAAGAACCCGGGGAAGAGACUCGAGCAUUACGGGAUUAAAAUCGAGUUCGUGGGUCAGAUUGAGCUGUACUACGACCGGGGGAACCAUCACGAGUUCGUCUCACUGGUGAAAGAUCUGGCUCGACCCGGUGAACUUUCUAACUCCCAGUCAUUUGACUUUGAGUUCGCUCAUGUGGAAAAGCCUUAUGAAUCCUACACUGGCCAGAAUGUGAAGCUAAGGUACUUCCUUCGUGCGACAAUAAGCCGCCGACUGAAUGACAUCACCAAAGAAAUGGAAAUCGUGGUGCACACGCUGUGUACAUAUCCGGAGUUAAACUCCUCCAUAAAGAUGGAGGUUGGAAUUGAAGACUGCCUGCAUAUUGAGUUCGAGUACAACAAGUCCAAAUAUCACAUGAAAGACGUGAUUGUGGGGAAGAUCUACUUCCUGCUCGUACGGAUAAAAAUAAAGCACAUGGAGAUCGAUAUAAUAAAACGGGAAACAACGGGUACAGGACCCAGUGUAUACCAUGAAAAUGACACCAUUGCCAAAUAUGAGAUCAUGGAUGGAGCCCCAGUGAGAGGGGAAUCGAUACCCAUCCGAUUAUUUCUGGCUGGAUAUGAACUGACCCCAACCAUGAGGGACGUUAAUAAGAAGUUCUCUGUGCGAUAUUACCUGAACCUGGUCCUGAUAGACGAGGAAGAGAGGCGAUACUUCAAACAGCAGGAAAUCACGCUGUGGAGGAAAGGAGACAUCGUACGGAAGAGUAUGUCCCAGCAGGCUGCCAUCGCUUCUCAGAGGUUUGAAGGGUCGAGCACUCCGAGUGCCUCAGCACAAGCCAAAGACGACAGCAAUUAAGAAGACUAUGUUGGAGAAACAGUUUAAUUCUAUUGUCAAGUUGUAAUUAAAUUUCUAUUGUGUAUCUUAAGGGAUCAGAAAUACAGUAAAGUGAAGACUUCAAGAUAGACCUAGGGAAAGGAAAUCGUCCACACAAAACAUCCAGGUGCUCAGUUGCUAAACGUUGUACAUUUACAAGCUGUUGUCGAUUGAGUUCUGAAGCUUCUCUUUCAAACCUGUUGAUUGUGAAUCAAAGAAAUAAUCAAAGCUGUACUCGUUUCUGAUUUGAAACUUUCAAGCUGUCGCUUGUUGCUGAUUUUCUUUUUUUUUUUUUAAGUACAUUUAUAUAUUUACAAAAAAUGACACAUUAAUUGUCUAUUCUAAAAACAUUCCUAUCUUUAUAAUCAAGUUACUACUAAUUUUUUAAUCUAGCAAAUUUUGUGAUCUUAGUAAAUGAGCCUGAAGUAAACACUGGGAGAUUUGUUUGUGUUUUGCAUUGGUGUCAAAUGUUUGUAUAUUUACAAUUCUUUUAUUCAUAAAAAAAAAAACAAUCUGCACAGUAUUAUGCUACAGUCUAGAAAAAAAAAAGAGGACAGCACAGAAAUGCUCUAUACACUUUCUAGAAAGGGAACAAAUCAAAUUACAUGAUGAGCAAAGGCUUUCCUUGUUUUCAAAUAUAUUUGUACUUCUGAUUGAGAACCUCGUUUCGAUGUGUCUUAUAUAUGUGACUUUGUACCUAAAAGUGCUCUCAACAAGCCCACUGUGUUCCAAACGGCCACGCUGUACAAGUGGUGUUAUAUGCUGCAUAAUCAAAAAGUGAGUUUUCUGAUGGAUGUUGAGCUCUACGUUUCUUAUAUCUUGCCAUUUUAGCGUUGCUCAGGUAGAGUGAUCUCAUUCAUGCUGUUGUGAUGGAAAGCACUUUUGCACAAUGGAUGCUUAGUGAGCCAUAUUGUAAAUAAACUUGGCUAACUUUUGGGUGA